AUUCAAAGUUUGAUAAGACCAUGUAUGAGGAGCUUGUUGCAUUUCCAGUGAGAGAGAUUAAGAAACUACAGGCCUCAGGUAUUUUAAAUGGAGGAAUCUUAAUUGAUUUUUCUACUGGACCUGCCAUUUUCCACCUAUUGCCACUGUCUGAAGAGUUCAGUGACAUCACUGUUCUAGACACAAAUGAAUCCUCCAUUCAGGAACUGGAGAGGUGGAAGAAUAAACAUGAGGAAGCCUAUGACUGGUCUCAUCUCCCAGAGCUAUUUCCAGAACUGAAAGGUGACAGUAAAAAGUGGUUGGCAAAAGAAGAUGUUCUAAGAAGCAAAAUUAAGCGUAUCAUGAUGUGUGAUAUUAGCAAGGAGAACCCCACAGCACCAGUUGUCCUGGAGAAAGCCGACUGUCUGCUGACCAUGUAUUUACUGCAACCUAUUAGCCAAGAUAAAGAUGCUUAUUGCAGGAACCUUAAAAAUGUGUCCUCCUUAUUAAAAGUAGGCGGCCACCUGUUAUUGGUUGGAAAAUUUAAUGCAAUAUUUUUCUCAGUUAAAGAUAAAGAGUUCCAUAUCUUAAAUUAUGAUGAAGCCUUUCUAAGACAAGCUUUAACAGAUGCAGGUUUUACCAUUCAAGGUUUUCAGGUACUGAAGAGCAAAGUACGCCGUGAUGAUGUAAACUUUGGCAAUGUGCAUUUUCUCAAUGCAAUUAAAGUCAGGGACGUCUUGUAAAAGUAUAAAAGAUAGGCAAGAAAAUCAUUUAGCAUUAGACAUAGGGGAUCCAUGCAGAAGCACAGGAAAUUAAGCUUACCCAUGUAGCAAUGAGAAAAAUUACAUAAAGGGUACAAAUGGGUACAUAAAUGAUGAGAAAUUGUAGUCCCUACCUCUAUGUCUGUCUGUUUUUACCCACUUUUGUUCUAUUACUGUUGUUCCCCAGUUUUGAUCUAUUACUGUUGUUCUAAUUGCAAAUCGCAAAGAAAUAUGCUACACUAUAUAAAAAAAAACUGUUAAUAAAUAAAUAAAUAAAUAAUAGUUGCAUUCGCUUUAAAAUUCAAGCUGAAAAUAUAUUUAUUUUUAAUUGUAAUGUUCUGUCUCUGGAUUGUAAGCUCCAAGAGCAAGGAGUUUACAUUAUGCAUCUCAAUCAUUGUUUUUUGUUAUUGUGUUAUCAUUGCAUUUGUUUGCUAUUGCAAUAGUAUUAUAUAAUUUGUGAUGUUUUAUUGAUGAACAAUAAAUAACAAUCAAUAAAUAAUAAGCAAAGCAAAAA